AUGGUGAUAAUUUUGAGAUUUUAGGUAAUAAUUCUAAAAUAUACUAUUGAAUUGGUUUAUUUUGAUUUGAAAUUUAUUAUAGAAGAUACUUUCUUUUUAAUUUUCUAUCUAUCUAUCAAAAAUUAACAUUAGAGUUACUUAUUAAAAUUUAAGAAACAAAAAUUAACUUAAUUUCUAAUUUUUGUUAUAUUACACUUAAAGCAGAUGAGCUAACCACAAUUGGAAUAAGACAAAAGAAUUUAGGAAAUACAUAUAAACUAACAUGAGUAUGGUAAUAAAAAUUAGAUUGAAGAAAAGUAAGUACCUUUUUGGUUAAUAAAUUGUCAGGCAACAUCUUCAAGGCAAGUUUUAAGUCACCAAAAUAUUGCUGAACCCAAUCCUGAAUAAUCACAGAAUCACUAAAACAGCCAGGAGUAUGAAUAACCAUCAUUCCCUUCUAGAUAAAUCGAUUUAAUAGAGGUUGAUGAAAAUUCAAAUUUUGAUAGUAAAAAUGCUCACGUUUAAAGUAAAUAAAUCGAACACAUUUAAGAUAAAGCUAUGACCCCUUAAAAGCAGGCUUAAGCAUUUGAUGAUAUAUUAUUGGAUCUUAUAGUUCCUUCAGAGAGAUCUAUAAAUUAAAAUUAAAAAAAAUAUGACUUAUAAACAUAAGAAUAUGCUAUAAAUUAAUGGAAUUGUGUAAUGAGUACCUAAUAAAAUAUUUCUUUGAAUAAAUAAAAUAAAGAUUAGGAUGAACUUAAAGAUGAGUAAAACUUAAAAGAUCAAAUUUAGAAAGAAUGGAGUAAUUCUAAUUAGAAUUCAAAUGAUUAACAAUAAAUUUAAUAGUAAAUAAAUGGUGACACCUUUUUUGAUUUAAAAGAAUUCAACAAAUAGUUCAAUGAUUUAAAAGAAACGAAUGAUUUCAGCGAGUAAAAUAUAAAGUCUGAUGAAAAUAAAAUGAAUAAUAUUCCAUAAUAGAGUUAAUAGUACCUAAAUAGAAAUUAAUUUGACAUAGAUGAGAAAGAUUAAUUUGAUAUAGAAGAUAAAAAUGAAUAAGGCUUUACUUUGAUAACAAAAAACUAAAAUAAAUAAUUGAUAGAAUCAAAUGAUAAUCCUUAGAACAUAAACGAAGAUUUGUAUAUAAACGAAAACUUUAACAAUCUAAUUGAAACUAUAGAUGAAUAGGAAUUUGAACAAAAAUAAUAAAGUAGGUACAAAUAAAGAUAUUAUAGCGAAUAUACUCAUGUAGAUAAUGCUUUACUAUAACCAACAUAAGGAUUAUAUGAUAUUUGUGACAAUAUAAAUGAAAAUGAAAAUGAUUCUAAAUAACUUAACUAAAAAUAAAAAAAAAUGUAAUUACUACACAACUAAUCAUCAAAAGAUAUGUUUCAAUCGGCAUAAAAUGGGUUUAAAAAUAAUAGACUGAGUCAUAAUGUCUAGCUUUCCACGAAUGUACCAGAUCCAUUAGAUUUUUACUCUCACAGACCACCUACAGGAUAUUUCACUCUGAAAAGAGGUGUCACAGGAGUUUCUCAAGUAGUAGAUCUUUUGCAAGAAGCCAAUAUUCUGAAGGAAGAGCAAAAAAAGUAGUUAAAGAGAGAUUAAUUUAUGAUUGAGUUUAAUACAGAUCCCAACUCAGCUAUCUAAAAAUUAGAGUAAGACUAAAAACUCAGUCUAUAAAAUAUAGCAGAAUUUUUGUUGAAGGCUGAAGGAAUAAGAAAAAAUACUCUUGGAUAAUUUUUUGGGAAAGAAACAUAAAAAAAUCAAGAUAUUUUAAGAGAGUUCUGUAAAAUCAUCGAUUUCAAUAAUUAAACGAUUGAUGAAGCUUUGAGGUCUUUGAUGAGUAAAUUCAGACUUCCAGGAGAAUCUUAAUAAAUAGACAGAAUAAUGUGUGCUUUUUCUGAAUCAUAUCAUGAGCAAAAUCCGAAUACUUUUGAAAAUUCUGACAUCGUUUACAUUUUAGCCUAUUCUAUAAUAAUGCUACACACAGAUAUCCACUCUGACAAAAUAGAAAAAAAAGAUAAGAUGAAAAGAUAAGAUUAUGUUGAGAGAACAAUAAAUGUUACAAAAAGUAAAACAGUUACUUUUAAAGUACUUUCUGAAAUAUAUGAUAGGAUAUAAGCAAAAUAAUUUGAAUGUGAGUAAGAUGCUUUUGAGAAGGCAUAUGACAUUCUACUUAUAUCUCAUGCAGAUAAUCAAACAGAUUUUUCUAAGCUUCUUAAUAAAGAUAUUAAAAUAUUUUAGAAUGGAAGUUUAUUUUUAAAAUAUGGAAGAUCAGGUAGUCCUAAGGAAAAAUUUGUAAAUCUAUCUGAAUCUGGAGAUAAAAUUCAAUGGUGUGACCCUAAAAAUAAAAGUAAGAAAAGAGAAAUCUUAAUAGAUGAUAUAUAUGAAAUAACAAUUGGGAGUGAUAAAACUGAAGUACUUAGAAAAAAUAAAGUUCCUAAGCAGUUUGAUAAUUUAUGCUUCUCUUUACUUGUAAUAGGACAUGACAAUGGUAAAAGAAGUCUUGACCUAAAAGCGAAAGAUGAGGAUUAAAGAAAUAAAUGGGUUCGUUUUUGCUACUAAAGACUACUUUUUGCUAAGUAGCAAGCAUUCGAAUUCAAAAAGGCUAAAUUUAGUAUGUAAGAAUACAAAGAAGAAAUAGCUGGAAUUUGGAAGAGCUAAAUUUUUGAAUAGUUUGAUAAAUUUUGGGAUUAUGAAAAAAAUUUACCUCUUAAUAUGGAUAAGUUUUACAAGUUUAAAAGCAAAAGUAAAGAAAAUAGCAAAAACUUAUGGAAGAAUGUAAUGAAAAAGAAAAAGCAAUAAACAUAAAGAUAUUCUUAAGUUGGAAUUUUUAAUGAAAGCGAAAUGAUAAGAGAACACAUAGAAGAUUUGCAAAAAGACAAAGAAAUACUAUUCAUUAGAUUAUGGAAAUAGGGACUACCUCAUUUUGUUAGAAAGACUCUAUAUAAGCUAUCUAUUGGAAACAGUUUAUAAAUAACUCACUAAUAUUAUUUAAUUGUCAAGCAAUAAGCUGAAUAAAGUAUUUUUAAAUAAAGUAAUAAUAAUAACAAUAAGUUUGCUCAGUCAGAGAUAAUUAGAUAAUCAGGCUUAGGGUCUCCUAGAAUGAGGGAGUACUCUCUUUUUGAUAAAAUUUAAUAGAUGGAAGCAGAUAUGGUUGAGUUUUUAGAGAAAAAUCCCAUCUUCAAACCUAAUCAUGAAAUGAUAUAAAACGUAUUAAAAUAUACAUUGUACGUUCGCUAGGAUUUGAACUACCUAAACUAUAUGAUAAAUAUUGCAGCCUUAAUUGUGAACGUUUUCUAAAAUGAAAGUGAUUCAUUUAUAUAUUUCAUUAAUUUGAUUUAUAGCUAUCACUUUAAGCCCUUAUAUAGUGGUGAUAAAAUCAAAAUUGAGUUUUACAAUUAGUUCUUUUAUCAAAGCUUCUAAAAAGAGAUGAAAGAUUUACAUGAGAGAUUCAUAGGUUUAAACUUAGGGCCCUAAAAUUAUCUCUAUAGUUGGAUGCUCUCACUAUUUUCAAAUUAUUUUUAAGAUGUCAAUAUAGUAUAUAGAAUUUUAGAUAAUGUUCUAAUAGAAGGUGAGUAUUAUAUUUUUAAAGCAGCACUAGGUAUUAUAAAAAUGUUUGAAAUAGAUCUCAGGUUUUCAUCUUUUACUAUAGCCUUCAAAUUUUUAACUGAAACAUCUAAAAACGUAAAUGAAGAGUUUCUAUUUGAUACCAUAGAAUGCAUCGAUAUAAAUAAGUAAGAUUAUGAAAAAUUUUUCACUGAUUUAAAGAAAUCGCAAGCUAAAUCACUAAUACAUGAAAUAUUAGUAGAAUUGUGA